AUGGGUGGCUUCACAUUCGGGGUGCCAAACAACACCACCACCAACGGCAACGGAGGAACAUUGAACUUUUUUCAAAUUCCACCAUCCUAUCCCCGAACACAUCUGACAACUGUCGUGGAAAAUUGCCAACAGCAGCAGCAGCAACAGCAAACGGUCUCAAAACGAGAGCUGCCCACUGCUACAAAAAAUGCUGAACGUCAUACUGGUCGGGAUAGCCGUCGUCCUAUUGGUCGCCGUCAUCGUCGUCAUCAUCUAUACUUCCGCAACGACAUAAACAACAACAUAAACAACAGUAAAAACAUAGACAUCCGAACAAUGAAGCAAGCCAAAAUAAAAGCUAAAACAAGAAAAAAACCGCGCUAUUCCAUAAGUCAUGAGAUUUAA